AUGGAUAUUGAAGACUUAUCCGCUGAACAUGAGAGACCAGAAACAGAGUCCGCUGUAUUAGUCAAGGCAAGAUUUAAAAAUAAACAACAGAACUUACUUGAAGAUGUGAGUUUGAGUAGUAAUUUACCCGAAAGAUUUCGAGUUUUCGUACAAACAUGGGGAUGUGCACACAAUACAAGUGACAGUGAAUAUAUGACUGGAUUACUUGCCAAGUAUGGAUAUCAAGUGACACUUGAUGAUUCUAUUGACUUUAACAACUCCAUUGCUACCUCUGGUUCAACGUGUAAUGAAUGUCAAAACACGAAUGAUCAAUGCUGUUCACAACAAAAUAGUAUUGAUAAACCCAAAACUAUCAAUUCAGAUUUUGAGGCUAAAAAGAAAGCACAUGUUUGGGUGUUAAACAGUUGUACAGUUAAAGGUCCAGCUGAAGAUCACUUUCGAAAUGCUGUACUAGAAGGAAUUAAACUAGGUAAACGUGUAGUUGCUGCUGGUUGUGUACCACAAAGUCGACCUGGUGCAGACUAUCUCAAGGGUGUCAGUGUGAUUGGUGUGCAUCAGAUUGAUCGGAUUGUUGAAGUUGUCGAAGAAGCUUUACAAGGUAAUGUUGUACGCUUUUUAGAUAAGAAAUGGAUAUCAUCAUCAUCAUCUCAAUUGAUUAAUUCAACAAAAGAUGAUAUUGUAAUUAGUGCUGGUGCUGCUUUAGAUCUACCAAAGAUACGACGUAAUCCACUAAUUGAAAUUCUUGCCAUUAGUACUGGUUGCUUGAAUGCAUGCACUUAUUGUAAAACAAAACAAGCUCGUGGUGUAUUAGCCAGUUAUCCUAUUGAACAAUUAUUAGAUCGUGCUAAACAAGCAUUUAAAGAAGGUGUCAAGGAAUUGUGGCUUACAUCAGAAGAUCUUGGCGCUUAUGGACGUGAUUUAGAUAGAAUUAAUUCAUCACUAGUGUGUCCAACACUUUCUAAAAAAUGGCCUCAUUUUAUUACACUUGCUGAUUUACUAGCUGGUCUAGUUCCACUUAUACCGUCUGGAUGUAUGCUACGCUUAGGAAUGACAAAUCCACCGUAUAUACUUGAUCAGUUAGUUGAAAUCGCUGAAGUCUUAUCUCAUCCGAGAGUAUAUUCGUUUAUUCAUAUUCCUGUACAGUCUGGUUCAGACGCUGUAUUAGAUGCAAUGAAAAGGGAAUAUACAGUUGAAGAAUUUUCAUAUGUUGUUGAUUAUCUUAAAGAAAAUGUAAAACCGCCAAGUUUACCGCCUAGUGUAUCCAAUAAUGAUAUGCCAAAUGGUUGUGGAAGGAUAACAAUCGCUACAGAUAUUAUCUGUGGUUUUCCGAAUGAAACUGAUGAUGAUUUCAAUCAGACUGUAGAAUUAAUUGAAAAAUACCAAUUUCCUGUACUUCAUAUUAAUCAAUUCUUUGCACGUCCUGGUACACCUGCUGCUAAUAUGCCUAGAAAAGCGAAUACAGCUGAGGUGAAACGUCGUACUCGUAGACUGCAUGAUUUAUUUCGCAGUUAUCAAACAUAUAAUGGUCGUGUUGGCUGUGAAGUUCAUGCUCUUAUCACUGAGCCUAGUUUUGAUGGUAAAUUUUGGGUUGGUCAUACAAAAGCUUAUGAACAAAUUUUAUUACCAAAAGAUCCAAAUGUAUACGGUCGCAUAGUGCUGGUUCGUAUAGAGGAAUGCGAUAAAUUCUUCAUGCGUGGUAUAAUUAUCAAUCCUGGACCAUUUGAUUCUAUCGUCUUUCCAAGUUAUUCUUCUUCUGAUGAAGCAUAUUCAACAAAAAAAGAUAUAUUGAAAGAGAAGGAAGAAAAGGAGUUGAAUUUCACAUCUUUACCUCAGUUAAUACGCAAUACACAUGAUAUACUGAAUGAAAAAACAAAUAACUUUUUGUCGAAAGAUAAUGAAUGGAGUGGGUUAACACUGAAGAGUUCCUUGAGAAAUAAUGGCAAAUUGGCAAUUUAUACAAGUUAUAUGGCUUUGUUAAUUCUUGGCUUAUGUGUUGCUAUGAAAUUGACAGAUUCAAGUAGAUAUGAAUUUUUUUCUUUAUUCAAAUGA